AUGACGUCAACCUCAACUUUGUCAACUCCAUUAUCUGCUAACGAAGCAACAUAUGUCAAUCCUGUUUCAGUCAUCGAUAUAGUUCAAGCAAUGUCUCGAGUCAUCGAAGACGCCGUUUUGUCAGAAUUAUCUGAAUCUCCUUGUUGGAGUUUACUUCUUGAUCACGUGACUUAUCAAUCUGGCAGUAAAUCAAUUUCUGUGUAUUCAAAGCAUUUAUCGGCAGAUCAUAGUCCUGGAAUUCGUUAUCUGGGGAUACUAGGAUUCACCGUCACAGAUCCAUUUACUGCUUCGAAUCAUUUGGAAGUAUUUUGUACUUCGAAGCGAAUCUCGAUGGCAAAACUCGCUCAUGUUGGUAGUAAUGCUGAUACUGCAAUUCUUGGCAAAUCAAAUGGAAUAGUCUCACAUUUGAAAUCAAAACAACCUUUUCUUUCUUCAAUUCACACUGUUGGCCAGAGCAUUCAUUCAUCAAUGAAAGAAGCCGCAGAUAUGGUGCUAUAUUUCGUACAAUACCAAACAAUAAUGAAUGAAAUACUUGAUUACUUUUCGGUUAUCUCUGAUCCGCCAUCAAGUCUAAAACCAAUCGGUGAAGGAAUAACCAACAGCUUAUAUAACAUUGAUGCAGCCAGAUUUCUAUCAUGGUGUCAAGAAAUUGCAGUGAAUUCACAGAUCUUGGAUGAAAUCAGAAUCGCACUAUCACUAAGUCAUGCAGAAAAUGCAACGACUCUGUGUAACAAAAUUGACCAGAAUUUCACAAUAGCAACAAAAUUACUUGCCGAUAUUUACAAUAUUCUUCAGAAUCUCGUGAUUUUCUUUCAAGGUGAUCCGAUUUCUGUUGCUGAUCUUUAUCCAUUAGUCAAUCAAGCAACCACAAAAAUAUAUGUAGAGUUUAUUGGCAACUCGGAAGAUCGCCCACACUACGGGUCAAUGCUUCGUCAAUUUGUCGAGAAAACAUUGACUUCUGGUGUUACUCUCCCGAAGUUCAUUCCGCAAUUCGCCACCGCGACAAUCAACGCGUUAAACGAGCGAUUCCCAAUGUUAGAUGUCUACAAUAACAUGCGCAUAUUCGAUCCAAGGUUUUUGCCAAACGAGCGUCGCGCAAUUGGCCCAUACGGAAAAGAAGAAAUAGACAUGUUAAACAGAAUAUACGGGAACCCGAAUUUCGAAAGCGGGAUAAUUUUUCCACCUGUCAUUGAUUCACAAGCAUUAAUCAAAGAAUGGAGUCAAGCAAAAUACCUGUUGUCCGGGUUCAAAGAAUUACCGUUCACCGAAGCAUGGAAAAAAACAUUUGAAACAGUAGAAUUCGUUCAAGAGUUCCCAAACAUCGUAAAGAUUAUUAGUAUCGCAUUGACUGUACCAUAUUCGAAUGCGCAUGUAGAGGAUCUUUUGUCGCGACAAAAACGAAUUGCGGUGCAGCAU